AUGUCUACUUUCUCCACCGGAAAAAGUUCUGAAUUCAAAAACUAUCCAUUUCUGACCGCUGAAGAAUUUGGCGAAAUUUGCCAUCAUCUUGACAGGAAGUACUGCCAAGCGUUUCUAGGCCCUGUGAGGCAACAAUGGAGACUCAACGUCCUGACUGCCCUGGAAACUUCCUUUGUAUUUGGGGCAGACUACAGCACAUAUUUACAGAUAGUGCGCCCCUUGACGCGGGAGCUUGAGCUUGACGACGGCGGACUAUCUGAUCAACUGGGCGGAUUCUCUUUGGAAAGCCAACAGGCCGAGACAUGGAUUGCGGGCGACCAGGGAAUGGUCGACCUCGAGGACGCGGAUGAGUAUGCCGUAAUUAGACAGUCACGGGCCGCCGAGUCACCUAGCGUGACUUACGAAGUCCAUCUGCAUCCAACUUACCGCACGCCUUGUCUAUGGUUCAGCCUGAGCGGGCUGCCAGCGGACGAACCGAUGCUGGAUGUUGAGACGGUCUUUCGGCGCUUGGUGCCAGACGAGUUCAAGGCGCGGCUCCGGAAUCAAGGUCCGAUCGCAGCCAUCUCGGCAGAUCAUCAUCCCAUCACAGGUGUCCCAACCUUCUUCAUCCAUCCAUGUCUUCUCGGUGAGGCCAUGUCUAAUUUCGACUGCUCCAAGGAAGACUACCUGAUGGUAUGGCUGGGCCUGGUGGGCGGGUGCGUUGGGCUCUGGGUUCCAAGGGAGAUGGCCUCUCUCUAA